AGUCACUGGAGAAAUGUAAUCAUCUCUAACUCCCUCUUGAUUUAUUACUACAUGCGCGCUGAUGGCCACAGGUAGAUCGGCAUCCGCGAAUCGCCCAUCUCAGCCCUACCCACCAGUUCCCAACAUAAAAUACCAACACAGAGCGCCGUUUGGAUAAACAUGUUUCCUGAUUCCGUUCACCCUUCCUUCCCAACAACGCUUCAACAAAUCCCUCAUCGGAGAGUAUCAACUAUUACAACGCUGUAUCUAGUACAUACGACCACAGGGUGUGGAGAACAGGGCUUCCCGUCCGCUCAGCCGUACUUAAGCCACACGCCGGGAGGUUAGUAGUUGGGUGGGUGACCACCAGCGAAUCCCUUCUGUUGUAUGUUUUUAUUCUCUAGUCAAUCAAAUCGAGAAAAUAGCAUCAAUAUCCAUAUAUAACAAAAAUUACAUGCAAAGUCAAUGGUGAGGCCGUUUCCGACCUGCGUAGGCG